CUUGAUGGAGGGGGGGUCCGGGAUGUUGCGGGGGAAGUGUUGGGACAGGACGACUCCAAUAGCAAAGUCUGAGGCAUGGGUGGUAACAUAGAAGUUUCGAGAGGGGUCAACAAUCUUGAGGAGAGGGGUUGUGGUAAUGACUUGUUUGAGGAAGUCGAAGGCAGCUUGACGAUGUUCGUUCCAUGCAAAAGGCUCGUUCUUGCGAGUGAGCUCGUGGAGGGGGUAGGAGAUUUUGGAAAAGUCGCGGAUGAAGGGGCGGUAGUAGUUGGGAAGACCGAGGAAGGAACGAAGCUGCAGCAAGGUCGUAGGUGGGGGAAACUCGACAAGGGCGGUGACCUGCGAGGGGUCCAUGCGGAUACCAUCAACGGAUACAAUGUGGCCAAGGUAUUCUACUCUUGUGGCAACAAAAGUGCAUUUGCUGUGCUUGGCGUAGCACUUUUGGUCUUUGAGGAUAGAGAGGACCUGGAAUGUGUUGAAGGUGACUCGAAGGUGAAUCGUGAUCGGGGAGUCAUAGCCGGUGGAAGGGAGACCGACUUUGCAGGCACAAGCGUCGGUGAUGAAGUUGCCGGUGAUGAAGUUGCCGGUGAUGAAGUUGUCGGUAACUCCGAUGUCAAGGAGAGCCCGAAACUUGAGUGUGGACGCACCUACGGAGGCGGCGAUGAAUUUGAGUUGGAAUCGGGAGGAGUCGACGGAGGCGGAGGAGAUCGUGAGGAGUCGGAGAGGGUGUCAGGCUCAACGAGAGGGGCUGUGAACUUGUCGUCGGAGGGGAAUUUCAUCUGCGGAGAUGUUGUGAAAGAAGCGUGGACAGGAGGUGGUGGGACCCCAGACGGGGCAGAGAAGGCGAUCGUGUUGAAGGGCACGGGUGAGGAGGUCGGUGAAGGACAUGGGUGGCUCGUAGGCGAGGGAGGAUGUGAUAGCCUUGCGGCAGACCCGCUUGAAGCGGGAAAUGAAGACAUUAUCGCUGAUCUGGUCGUGGGGAAUGUUUUGGUGGAGGGUACAAACAUAUUGGACGAAGCGGUCGGUGGGGCCGUUUAUGCGAAGCCUGCAAAACUGGUCGACGUAGUUGUCGAUUGGCUUUUGUGGGCAGAAGCUGCGGAAGUGGCAGCAGUGGAUGAGGUGAUAGUGGCGGCAGCGGCUGAAGUGGCAGCCGCGGAUGAGGCGGCAGUGGCUUCAGCAGUUUUGUGCGAGGUGUUGGUUUAGCGCUUGGGGGGGGGUUGAAGACUUUUAUUUACAAAAUGAAGAGGAUUUUGGAAG